AUGCAGCACACACACACAUUCACUACUUGCUUUGUGCUGCUCCCAUCCCCACGUACUCGAAUGCUCCAAGCAAGCUACCCACCCCACACACCCUGCGUCUUUUGCUUCACACGCACUUCCUUGCACAUGCCAGAAGACGCCGACGAUGACGACGUGUCGGACGCCGCCAUUCCCGCCGCCGAUGCGUCGCUUCCUGAUCUGAUGAGCAAGCUUUUCGGCGCGAGCAGGCGGUUCCUGUGGUCGCCUGACAUGCGCCGCGAGCUGUCGUGCAAGUCGGACUGCGAGGCGAAGAACAAGGAGUGCAACGAGGAGUACAGCGAGUGCAAGCGCGACAACAAAGACGACGAGCACAAGCACCACAAGUGCACGCACACGUACAAGAAGUGCAAGAGAAAGGCAAAGAAGUGCCGCUCCAAGUGUGAUUAG